AUGGUAAUGGAAGUGGAGUGCAAAUUGGUCCCAAAUCAUACAUGGGAUUUCAAAAUCUGUGUUAAAUAUGUUUGGACGGCUGAUAGAGAAAUUCGUAGUUACUCAGGCCUGUCCUCAAAAACUCGUGUGAGAGACUUGCCCUUUUCUACAGCGAAAUUGGACUUGAGUUACAACCAGAUAGAGGAGCUACCACCUGGAGUCUUCGAUAACAACCCAGAAUUGACCAUAUUGUACUUAUAUAGGAAUCAGAUAGCCCAGCUACCACCUGGAGUCUUCAGCUACAACACCAAGUUGAUUCGACUUGACUUGGAUGACAACCAAAUAAAAGAGCUACCACCUGGAGUCUUCGCUAACAACACCGAGUUAACUGUACUUUACGAAGGAACCAGAGAGACGCCUGAACACCAUGCAGUGUCUACAGAAUACCAAAUCACACUGACUAGUACUUUGGGUAUGAUUCACACCACGCUUGAUCAGUGGAGCCCG